AUGGCCGAUGCAGCGCAGAACGGCAGUGCAGACUCUACCGGGACCCUUCGGUUCCCUCCACCGCCUGAAGUUGCAGGUAACGAAUUGCACCGAAGCACGGUUGUUCCCGGUCGCACCGUCCUGUACACGGGCAAUAGUAGCGACCAGGAUGUCUACCUACUUCGGCAUCUGCCUUUUGACCAGACGAAUAGCUUUGGACACUCAAACUGGCGGGUGUGGAAGAUCUUUCCCGAUGAGGCAGCCCCGGCAUAUUUCACAUCAUAUCCAAACACCCUUCUAGACGCCAACACGGGCAUGUAUGACCUGGAAAGGGUCAAUUCCGUCGUCGAACCUUACCAAAGAGAGCUGCUAAGUCUUUACUACACCUAUGUAUAUCCCAGCCUGCCCAUCCUGGAGGACCGGGGUCGCCUGGAGGCCUCGAUCUCGGCGGGCUCCGUUCCAACAUCCCUGAUAGCAGCCAUAUACGGUUCAGCCAUCCGUUUCUGGCAUCUCUCACCAGCCUUGAAGGGGGUUGAACACAUCUCGGCGGAACCCUUAUAUGACUUUGUCUUCACAUCUAUGACUCUUGAAGCCAGGACCCCGUCUUUAAGAACGAUCCAGGCGAUGCUGCUGCACAUGCAGAUUCCCCCAUCGCGUGUACGUGAGCCGAACCACCCCGGAUUCUGGGCAUUGACUUGCCAACUCGUGGCUCUCGCUCAAGAUACGGGGCUCCACGUGGAGCCUGCAGCCUGGAACAUAUCCUCAUCUGAGAGGAAGACCCGCCGGAUACUUUGGUGGGCAGUCUACAUGCAGGAUAAGUGGCUAUCUCACUGGCUAGGAAGGCCCAGCCACAUCAACGAUAGACAAUUCAGUGUUGCACCAUUGACGGUGGAUGACUUUGUGGCAGGGAUGAAUACCGUCGAUAGCUAUCUCAGUCAUUCCAUCGCGGCUUUCGUCACAAUCUCGAGACUUACAACAGUGCUUUCGACCGUGCUCGACAGCUUCUACACUAUCAACCGCAAUCCCUGCGCGAUGACGCCGGAAGAGGCUCUCUUCCACGCCAGCCAGUGUCAGGCUCAACUGAGCGAAUAUGACUCGCAACAAGGAUCUGGCCUGCUCCGGCCAAGCAGGGUCAUCAACGAUUACGCCUUUGUAUUUGCGUAUUACGGCAUCGCCGUAUCGAUCCAACGCGCGCUGUUCGCGUGCGUAGGGGGAACAUCGUAUUACGACAUCGAGCGCGAGACGCUUCUCUUCCAGGACCUAUUCGGCGUCUUUGAGGAUCUCCUCAAGCAGGACCUCGAUGGCCUCUGGCUCAGCUACUGCAAAUCCAACAUCGCCACUCCUGCAAGAACAAACAUGGGUUCCCAUCAGGUAGACGUCAAACAGGAGCAUUAUCCCUGUCCCCUCUUGGAGAAGAGAUUCUCCAAACUGAAGCAGUCCAUCAUCAAGCCCGAGGACCGAGACAGAGUCAUCGAAUCCUACCACCGCCUGACCAAGGCACUGGAGGCCGAGGCCAACCGGAUCUCCAAGCUCGGGCCCAAGGCCAUCCCGGAGAUCGACUUCUCCACCAUCGAGGCCAACAAUGGGCACCUGCCCGACGGCCUCGCCGACAUAGUCCGGCAGACCGGGUGCGUCGUCAUCCGCGGCGUCGUCCCCGAGGAGCAGGCCACGGGCUGGGAGCAGGAGCUGAAGGCGUACACGAAGAAGCACCCCAAGAUUGCUGGGUUCCCCAAGCACGACCCCCAGAACUUCAGCCUCUUCUGGACGAGGCCGCAGGUCCAGAUCCGGAGCCACCCGCGCGUGCUCAAGGCCAUGCACUCGGUCAGCCAGCUGUGGCAUCUCAGUCGGGAGGACGGCCUGUUUGAUAUGGCUAGCCAAGUGGUUUAUGCGGACAGAUUCCGAAUCCGGCAUCCGUCCCUGGACGCGGAGUACACUCUGAAUGCUCACCAAGACAGCGGGGCAAUGGAGCGCUGGGAGGACCCGGAGUAUCGCGCAUGCUACCAGCCAAUCUUCGAGGGCAGGUGGGAAGACUACGAUCCAUGGAACGCGGACCACCGUUCUGAUGCCAAGACAGACCUGUACUCGACCGGAAUGUCCUGCUCUGCCUUCCGCUCCCUCCAAGGCUGGAUAAGCCUCUCGCACACCGGCACCGGCGAAGGCACUCUCCGCCUGGUCCCGCAGCUCAAGCUCGCCGCCGCCUACCAGCUCCUCCGGCCCUUCUUCAUCCUGGACGAGACCUUCGACGACGUGACUCCCCUCUUCCCCGGCGCCUCGCCGGGCGAGCUGCAGUUCUUCCCGACGGACGAGCUGCACCCGCACCUCCUGAUGCAGAAGAGCAUGGUGGGCAUCCCGCCGGUGAGGCCCGGGGACUACGUGUUCUGGCACUGCGACAUCGUCCACGAGGUCGACAAGUUCCACCCUGGGACCCGCGACUCGUCCGUCAGCUACAACGGGUGCGUGCCGCUUUGCCCGUACAACCUCGAGAACUUGGUCGAGAUGCGCGAGAGCUUCCUGGGCGUGAGCCCGCCGAGGGACUUUGAGAAGUAUGAGCAUGGGGAGUUGGAGAAGGAGCACGAGGACCACGGCGCGAAGCGGGAGAAUGUGCUGUCGCUGGAGGGGCUGCGGGCGCUGGGGUUGGAGCCGUUUGAUGAGAUGGAGGAGGGGAUUACUACUGGCCAGCGCGAGAUGAGGAGGUUGGCGAACGAGAGGCUUGGGUUUGCGACCGCUUAG